UUACUAUUUAUUACUUGAUAAACAUAUAACAUUAACUAAGAUAUCACGUGUAAUACAGUUUCAUUGAAUUAUUUUAUUUUUGGGCGAAACUAUGACUAAUUAUCACAAGAAUGUGGGUAUCCAACCAUUGAAAACAUUUUUAGCUCGUGCAAUCUAUGAUAAUCUAUCGGAAAAUCCAACAGAAUUAAAUUUUUCACGUGGUGAUUUAAUCACAGUAUUGGAUAGAAAUCCAUCUGGUUUAAAUGGUUGGUGGAUAUGUAGUAUUCGUGGUCAAUUAGGAAUUGCACCGGGUAAUCGUCUAGAACUAUUAGGCCUUAUAAAUAAUAAUAAAGAACAAAAUAAUUCUGAUGUCUAUGAUGAUCCAACAGGAUGGUGCAUACCGAAUGACAACAACAACGACAGUAAUUCAAACAAUAGUAAAAAUAGCAUUGUAUGCACAAAAAAGUCUACACAAUUUAAUUCACUUGAAGAAAAUCAUCUUUCCAUGAAUCAAAACUCAUGUUCAUUAUAUGAAAAUGUAGAUUAUUAUACAAAGUAUCCUAGUUCUGUUGGUUUGACAGAUAGUGGAAAUUUCUCUAAUCAGUCAAGUGAUGUUUCAUUCAGUAUACAUUCAAUAAAUGAUGGAAUAGUUGAUCAGAGAAUGAAUCGAGAAAAUUCAUCUGAAGAUUAUGAAGAUUUACCACCAAGUAUACCAGAAGAAUUUCGUGAUACAAAUAAUUCAAUUCAAUAUAAAUUAACUAGUACAAAUUCAUAUAAAAAUGAAACAACAUUAAAUAAUUUACAUGAUACUAUUCAUCUCUCUAAACAAUUAAACAAUGAACUCUUGUUAUCUUUAAAUACACAAUCUAAAUCUACUGAUAAUAUAAUAAAUUCAGUAGAUAAUUUAAAUGAUAAAAAAUUUCCGGAAAAUGUUGUUCCUUCAUUUAAAGAAAUUAAUAAUGAUAAACCAUUUAAAUUAUCAUUAGAAUUAACACCAAAUAUGUUUAGAACAAUGAAAGAAUUUACAGAUUAUUGGUUACCAAUACAAGAACGUAUACAUGAUAAAUGUUUACAUUUAAUAAAGCUAUUACAUCAACAUAAUACAAUACAUUCAACACAUUUAAUAACUUCAUUAAUUACACAAUUAAAUAAUGAAUUUAUAAUUAUUAGUCAAUUAUGUACAGUUAUGAUUGGUCUUUCUAAACAAACAACAAUAAUAAAUAAUAAUUUAAUACAAAAAUUUAUUAUAUAUCGUUAUAAUAUGGAAAAUUUAGCUGAAUUAUUUAUUAAAUUAUCAAAAAAUAUUAAUAUUAUAGACUUAAAUAAUCAAUAUGAAAAAUAUAAUAAACAGUCGAUUAAUAUCACCCAUUUGACUAACAACAAUAAUAAUAGUAAUAAUAGUAAUAAUAGUAAUAAUAAUAGUAAUGAUAAUAAUAAUAGUGAAGAGAGUAAAACUUUACUUGAACAAACAAUUCAACAAUUACUUACUGAAAUCAAUUUAUUUUAUACAACCAUUUUAAUAAAUUCUAAACUAUUAUUUAAUAAUUUAAUUAAUAAAUCUAUUGAAUCAAAUCAAGAGCAUUUUUCUUUAUUAAAACAACAAACAGAUAUGUUCAAUAAAUUAAGUAGAUCAAUUCCUUCAUUUCAUACAUUAUCUUUAAAUUCAUCAUUACAAGUGUCAAAUAAUGAACCAAAAUAUUUAUCAAAAUCAUAUGAAUUUAUUGAUCAUUUAACUAAAUUAAAUCAAAAAAAUUUAGUGGGAAAUUUAAAUUUUCAGAAAUUAUCACAAUUUUGUUUAAAUUCAUUAAAUAUUAUUGAUAAUUAUUUAAAUUAUUUAAUACAAUUUCAAAAUGAUACAAUAAUAUAUUUUAAAAAUUUAAAAAAUAAUAAUUUUUUUAUACAAUUUAUAAUAGAACAAACUAAAUUAGUAAUGGAAUCAUGUAGUCAAUUAAUACGUUAUAUUAUGUCUAUUUGUAAUGAAUUUAAAUUAUUAUCAUCUAUCCAUAAUAUCAAUGAUGAUCAUAAUACAAAUACAGUAAUAUUAAGAAAAUUAGAAUAUAUGAGUGAUAAACUAUGUGAAUCAUUAAAAGGUUUAAUAAUACUUACUAAAGAAAUUGCAAAAUUUCUUACAAAUGAAUAUGAAAUUAUAUCGUCUCAUAAAAUAAUUCCUAUACCUGGUCCAUUAUUACAACGUUUAAAUGGUGCAUUGAAAUCAAUUCAAAAUUCAAUUAAAACAAUUAAUGAAUUAAUAAAAGAAUAAUUA